AUCGAUGACAUUCACAACUAUCGCCAAGUUGCUCCACACUAACUGUCUCUGGUGCCUUUUUUCCCAGCAAUUUUUUUUCUUGUUACUUUUGCAACUUGAACUCAACAAGAACGGUUAAGAUGCCUGAAGAAUCAAAGAAAAUCGAUUUGUCUAACGAUGGAGGAGUCCUUAAAGAAAUAUUAAAAGAAGGAACCGGUACCGAAACACCAAACAAUGGUUCUAAAGUUUCGCUGCAUUACACCGGCAGAUUGGUUGAUGGCACCGAAUUUGAUUCCAGCGUGAGCCGCAAUGAGCCCUUUGAAUUCGAGCUCGGCAAGGGCCGUGUUAUUAAAGCCUUCGAUAUGGGAGUAGCCACAAUGAAACUUGGCGAACGAUGCUUCUUAACAUGUGCUCCAAAUUAUGCCUACGGUGCUGCAGGCAGCCCACCAAGCAUUCCACCCGAUUCAACAUUGAUUUUUGAGCUCGAAAUGCUGGGCUGGAAAGGAGAGGAUCUUAGUCCCAAUCAAGAUGGCAGCAUUGAACGGACUAUUCUAGAACAAAGCGAAAAGAAGCGUACACCCAGCGAUGGGGCCUUUGUUAAGGCUCACAUUUCUGGAUCUUUCGAGGGCCGAGUAUUUGAGGAGCGCGAUGUUGAAUUUGAUUACGGCGAGGGCAGUGCCAUUAACCUUAUUGAGGGCCUUGAAAUUGCGUUGGAGAAAAUUAAUGUAGGCGAAACAUCCAAAAUUAAGAUUCAGUCAAAGUAUGCCUUUGGUUUGAAGGGCAACGAAGCCUUUAAGAUUCCACCAAACGCCACAGUGGAAUAUACAGUGAAACUCAACGAUUGCGGCAAAGGCCUGGAAGAAUGGAAAUUGAGUGACGCCGAGCGUAUCGAUGAGGCCAAAGUCUAUAAAGAGAAGGGCACCAACUACUUUAAGAAAGAGAACUGGUCAUUGGCCAUUAAGAUGUAUAAUAAAUGUAAAAACCUAUUACCGAAUACUGCCGAUACCAAUGAGGAGGUCAAGAAGCUAAAGAUUGCUACACACAGCAACAUUGCCCUGUGCCAUCAAAAGUCCAAUGAUAAUUUCGAUGCCAAACAAGAAUGUAAUGCCGUACUUGCCUUAGAUGCCAAUAAUGUUAAGGCAUUGUAUCGUCGUGGACAGUGUAAUUUGAUAAUCAAUGAAUUAGACGAAGCCUUAGAUGAUUUCCAAAAGGUUAUUGAACUAGAACCUGGCAAUAAGGCAGCGGCCAAUCAUGUACUUAUUUGCAAGCAAAAGAUUAAGGAGACCAAGGACAAGGAGAAGAAAUUAUAUGCUAAUAUGUUUACCAAAUUAGCUGCCCACGACAAAGAGACCGAACCCAUAAGAGAAACAGAUGUACUUAGCAAGUGUGGUGAAUGGUCUGAGGAGGAUGCCAAACGUGAAGCUGAGUUGACAUUAGAACGCGAUAAUGUAAUUAUGAUCUAAAUAUUUUUGAAUUUGUCCUUACUACAAAAAAUUCCAACACACACACACAUCUGAAAAUGAAAAACGAUUUAACGUGAAUGCUUACAUUAUAUUUUAAAAAUAUAUACAAAAUA